AUGUUCAUUACUCAACCAAGAAUGGGGCCUCAGAAAGGAAUCGAUGAUCUUCCAGAUGAAAUAUUGGUUGAAAUUUUUUCUUACCUAACGUUUGAAGAGUUGGUGCAUUCAGUUCAGUAUGUAACAAGUCGAUGGCAAGAAGUUACUCAUGAUGCGCAGCUCUGGAGGCAUCUUGCUUAUAGCCCUAGCUGGCGAGAAAGUGAUGGCCAAAUUGCAAGUGUUUUGCAGCAAACUCCUAAACUACAAACUCUGAUACUUAGUCAGAGAGGUGUCCGAUCAACUGUUUUAAAUACUUUCAUGGAAAGUUGCCCUAAUUUAAAAAGGUUAGAAUUUAACAAUUACCAAAGAUUAAGCACAAGUUUAUUGGAAAGGAUUGUUCAGAAAUGUCCAAACAUAGAACAUUUGAGUAUUCCUAAUGGAGUGUUAAGUAGAAAAGAUCAAGCUGAAAUUAUUGGACAGUUCACUAAUCUCCGUGUUUUGGACGUUGGAGGUUGGGCUGAUCCUGACAACCCUGUGUUUUUAAGACCAUUGGCGGAAGGAUGUCCUGCCUUGCAAUCAAUAGAUUUGAAAGAUAAAAUGCAUACCAAUGAUGAUCUGGAAUAUCUAUUACAGAAAAAGAAGAACCAACUGCACACAUUAUGUGUGAGGUGGAGUAGUGAGGAGGGUAAAUGUACCCUUCCCCUUUUGCCAAUUUGUCAGACUCUCAAAACUUUACAUGUAGAUUCAUAUUGUGAUACUAAUAUUGAAGCUGGAUUUGAGUCUUUACGAAGUUUAAAAACAGUAACUUCUUUGACACUGUGUUUCCUAAAUAAUGCAAAUAUUAAUUAUGUAAUCAGUAUCUUCAAUAAAAAAGCAAUGAUGCAACUUGUGGAAUUACAUAUUAGUUACUAUGAAAAUUAUGAGGACAGACUUGCUGAAGUAAUUGUGAAGAAUUGUCCUCGUCUUAAACACCUCUGCAUUAAAGAAUGCAGUAGUCUGACUGAUGACAGUGUGGAAAAUUUUCAUACAUUGAAAGAUUUGCAAAAAGUUAAUCUUUAUGGUUCUAAUAUUACAGAUAAGGGUGUAGUUCAUAUAAGCAAAUGUAAGCAUUUGAAAUAUUUAAAUUUAAAAUGUUGUAUCAAGCUCUCUGAGAAAAGCAUGGAGUUGAUUACUAGGUUCACUGAAUUACAGGUUUUAAAACUAGAUUUCUGUGAUAUUAGUGGCUUGCCUAUUGGUCUUAUACCCUCCCGACUGAAAAAUUUGAGGUUAUUCAGUGUAAAUUACUGCAAAAAUGUGGACCAGGAAGCAUUGAAACAGCUCAAGGAACAGAUGCCUCACUUAUGUAUAUAUGAUCGUGUAGAUAGAUACAUUUCAGUUGAUAUGGAUGAUUGGGAGAGUGUGGAAGUGAUUCAACCUGUAGAAAUGGAAGAACCUGAUAUCAUAUUUAUUGAUGCUCCUUUCAUUUUGGAGCAACUGGGUAUCUACUAGAUAUGUGAUAUGAAUAUGUGAUGACUUUGGUAAUCUAUAGAGAGUUUUUAGACUUGAUGGCCCAAUCCUGAUUAUAACCUUAGUAUUAAUUUACUAGAAAUCAAAUACCUGAUUUUCUUUUUCGGUCUUUUCUUUGAGAGACUCUUGAUUAAACAUGUUUGUUGUUUCUCUUCUCUAUACAUGUAACAAACUAUUAAAACUUAAAAUUUUGUUAAAAUUUUAAUAUUGAAUGCACUGAUCAUUAUCUCUUUAGGAAUUUUUUGUGAACGGCUUGUAUUUUAAAAAUGGUCAAUAAUAAGUAAGAUCUACUAAACUGAAAGACUUGUAGUAAAUUUGCUCUAGGUGCUGAAAUAAAUAAAUUUUGUCAAGGAAAAGUAGAGUUAAUUUUCUUGAUUUUUUAUAAGAAAUAAUAGUACAAAAUUUCAGUGUCCUCCAGUGAAUGAAGAUUUGUAUUUUAUCAGGUGCACUGAAACUUGAUAUUCUGGCACCUAGUGUAUGUAGCUGUAAAGUUUUCAAGAAUUUUAAUGAAGAGGUGUAACAAAUCUAAGCAGAUAGUAACUUUUUGUGGACCAAGGUAAUUGAGUUACAUGCUUUAGCGAAAUUGUAUACUACAAAGUCAUCACAUUUAUUUUUGACUUGUAUUUAGAUACCUGUGAAUUUUCUGAAGUUAUAUAAAAUAUUUAUUUUAUUUUAAGUCAUAUUAUUAUAUGGAUUUUUUCAUUUAUUUGUUAAUGAGUUCCUUUAGUAUUUUCAUUAAUUACAAAGUAGAUUUGGUUGCUAAUGGGUCAGUUUCCUUUCAGAUUUUAGCACUAUGAAUUUUUUUGGUGUAAGUUGCUAUACAAAGUGUCUUACAGAAUAAUUUCCUUUUUUGUUUGUUUUACUUAUCGCUGUGUGCUGGAGAUUGCUGAUCUUUCGAUCAGAAAGGGGAAGAUACAUUUUCUUUUAAUAAAUGUAGAAUAAGGAAAUGACUGCAACACAAAAGUCCAUGCUACCUAAUGUAAGUUUAUGUACUGAUGUCCUUGGUGAUUGUAGUGUAUGAAGUUAAUCUUGCAUGGAUAAACCUAUUUUGCUUGAUAAGACUUCUAGCUAUGUAUAAUAUUUUUGUUAUAUACAAAAUAUUUAUUACAUUUACCUGUAUUAGUGUAAAUAAUUGUAUAUACAUUCAGGAAACAUUUAAGAAUGUGAGGCAUAGUUUGCAAUCAUCAUAAACAUGUGGAUAGACUGUUUUUAAGUUGAUAUUGUGAUACUUAGUGCAUAAAAUGUCUCAACAAAUUUUAAUGUAUAUGGAUGAAAAUAACCUCUGUGUGUCAAAUGUUGAGUUGUGCUGGAUCGCAACUGUCAAAUAAUGUGUGUAUUCAGUGAGAAAGACAAUACAUAAGGACACUGUUUCUUAUCAAGCAAUUAUAGAAAUGCAGUUGACCAUUUAGUUAGUUUCUUUAGAGAAGAAAGUUCAUAUAUGUACCAAUCCAAAGGUCAAUAAGUUCAUGUAAAGUUCCUAAAAUUUAUUAUGUAUACAAUAUCUAUGUUAUUUGAAAUUAGAAAAUAUCAUAUUUUCAUCCUGCAAACGUUUUAACAUUGAUUAGUGACAGUGUCCCCUUUUGAACUGUGAGCAUGUUUAUGUUAAAUCCAUCCGUUGUAUUACAUCUGAACUGAACUGAACUGAACUGAUAUCUUUUAUAAGAAGAAGAUAGGCAGUUAAUCAUUAACAGACAUUCAUUGUGACUUUAUUUAUCUUAUUACAACAGCAAUUUCUCUAGUAAUUAAGUUUUUUUUUAAUAAUUGUCUGCCUUUUCCAUAAUAUAUAUGGGCUCGAGUAACCCAUAUGCUAGUCGUAUCAUUUUUUUCUUUUGUAUAUUUGCUCUCUCCUGGAUUUCUGUAAUAUACCACUAUGGUUAAUAUUAAUAAAUGUAUUGAAUUUAGUGCUAUUGUUUUAAAUCCAGUAUCAAUUUUCAUUUAUCAUAUCCUCAAAAUCCUGCUUUCAAUUGUUUUUGGAUGUCCACAGGUGAUUAGUGGUAAAUCGAAAUAAUAUUUGUUCCUGUGGUAGAAAUUUUAUUUUUUUAACCCAUCAAUAAGGGAAGGAAACUGUUAUGCCCAUGUAACUUGUGUGAUAUAUUCUUUGAAAGUAACUUUGAAUAAAUCAACUUCUGGAGAAUGAGGUUUCAUGUAUUCUAUAUUCUCAUUUUCAAGAGGAAGAACUUUCUGUUUCCCCAAGAGUGGUUAAAAAUUAUACAACUGUAUGUAAAUGAUUCAUAUCUGCAU